GACAUCUUGAGUAAACGAGUUCUGUUGGUGAUUUAUUUUUAUGUUGUUCUUUAUCCAAUUAUAGCCAACUGAACCAACUAUCUAUCUGGCACAGUAACAUCGAAAGAGCCAAGACGAAAGGCAAUAAACGUUGACCACGAAGGAGCUGCGGCCUCGGUCUGAUAUCCCAUAACGGAUCGCAAUCUUUACUUCGACGACGACAACUUGCAACUCAACGACAAUCAUGCGGGGGUUCUUGAAGGUUGCUGGCGCAGCAUGCCUGCUGGGCCAGCUCGCGGACGCGGCUGUCAAGAUCAACUUUGACCAAGACCAGUCCAUCAAGGAUGGUGCGAGCACAAUAGCCUUCGGCUUGUUGAAAUUCUACACAGGAAACAACACUGGCGACACACCGGGCAACUUGCCAGAUCCGUACUUUUGGUGGGAGGCUGGAGCGAUGUUUGGCACAAUGGUGGAUUACUGGCGCCUGACGGGAGACGAUACAUACAACGCAGUAACAACACAAGCGCUACUUCAUCAGGCAGGCGAUGACGCCGACUUCAUGCCGAGAAACCAGACGAGGACGGAAGGAAAUGACGACCAGGGAUUCUGGGCUAUGGCGGCAAUGAGCGCGGCGGAGAACAACUUCCCGAACCCUCCAUCAGACAAGCCUCAAUGGUUGGCGCUGGCUCAGGCUACCUUCAACCAGUAUGUCAGCCGCUGGGACACGGCGACGUGUGGCGGUGGGUUACGGUGGCAGAUCUUCACGUUCAACAACGGUUUCAACUACAAGAACUCGAUUUCAAACGGAUGCUUUUUCAACAUUGCAGCUCGACUGGCGCGAUUCACCGGCAACCAGACGUACGCGGACUGGGCGGAGAAGAUUUGGGAUUGGGAGACGAGCGUCGGCCUGAUCACGCCCGAGUUCAAGAUUUACGAUGGCGCCACGGUCGACAACGGGAUGAACUGCAAGGAUAUCGACACGAUCCAGUGGUCAUACAACGCGGGCAUCUUCCUGCACGGUGCCGCGACGAUGUACAACUUGACCCAGGACAAGAAGUGGUUAACGCGAACCGAGGGCGUGCUGACCGAGGCGACGACGUUGUUCUUCAACCAGACCGCCAUGUUCGAGCAGGCCUGCGAGGCAUUCAAGCUGUGCGACCAGGACCAGCAGAGUUUCAAGGGGUACUUCACGAGGUGGAUGGCCGGAACGGCGCAGGUGGUGCCCUCUCUGUUUGACAAGAUUAUGGGUCUUCUCAGACCCAGCGCCGAACUCGCCAUUGCCGCUUGCAACGGUUCGCCGGCUACGGGCUACAAGGGCCAACCGGGUACGGCGUGCGGAUUUCAAUGGGUGCCCAAAGGCCAGUUCGACGGCCUGGUCGGCGUGGGCGCGCAGAUGAACGCGCUCGACGCCGCCAUGUACAUGCUUGUGAAGAAGGCGGACACCAAGACGGCGCCGGUGACGGCCGACACGGGCGGCACGUCCGUGGGCAACGCCAACGCCGGCAUGAGCUCGCAGCCCAAGAUCCCUACGUUACCGCCGAUCGAGACCAAGGAUAAGGUUGCUGCCGGAUUCGCUACGACGGCCAUCACUUUGAGCAUCCAAACCCCCUUCAAAAUGUCAGCCAAACACUUCAUCAACGACCCAACCAAGCUGGUCAACCAGGCCCUCCACAGCCUGACCCUCACAAACCCAAGCCUGGCCCUCGACAAGCCCAACAAGAUCAUCUACCGCAGACCGACACCCGAUGCCGCCAACAAGAAGACCGUCCGGACGGCCGUCGCCUCGCGCGUCGACACCAGCGCCGGCGUCCUCGUCACCGUCAUGAACUACACGGGCGACGUGCUCAACUUUGGCAUGGCUGUCGAAAAGGCCCGCGCCAGCGGUCUCGAGGUCGAGAUGGUUGUCGUCGGCGACGACGUCGGCGUCGGGCGGGCCAAGGCGGGCAAGGUCGGACGGAGGGGCAUCGCGGGCACGGUGCUCGUGCACAAGAUUGCCGGCGCGCUCGCGGCGCAGGGGAGGCCGCUGGCCGAGGUCGCAAAGGUCGCGCGCUUGACGGCCGAGAACCUGGUCAGCGUCGGCGCGAGCCUGGAGCACGUUCACGUUCCCGGGCGCGCGGUGCCCAGCGGCGAGGAGGAGGGCGCGCUGCAGCUCGGCGAGGCGGAGCUGGGGAUGGGAAUCCACAACGAGCCCGGUUCCGGCCGGGAGAGCGCGGAUCUGGAAGGGUUGGUGGGCAAGAUGCUCACGCAGCUGCUGGAUCAGAGCGACAAGGACAGGGCGUUUCUGAACGUCAACUCGAACGAGGUCGUGCUGCUGGUCAACAACCUCGGUGGCGUGAGCGCGCUCGAGCUCGGGGGCAUCACGGCCGAGGUCGCGGCGCAGCUCGAGGGCAGCUACGGGAUCCAGCCCGUGAGGAUCCUGAGCGGGACGUACAUGACGAGCCUCAACGGCCUGGGUUUUAGUAUUUCGCUGCUCAACGUCGUCAACACGGAUAUCGGCGGCCCGAGCAUGAUCCAGCUGCUCGAUUACCCGACCGAGGCCACGGGCUGGUCGUCGCCCAUCCUCAAGGAGACGUGGGAGGCCAAGAACCAGGCCACGCGGGAGGAGGCGGCGGACGCCGGGCAGGCGACGAAGCCUAGCGAUCUCAAGUACGAUGCUGCUGCGGCCACCAAGGCUAUCACGGGUGGCUUGCAGAGGGUUAUUGCGGCCGAGCCCGAGGUGACUAGGUACGAUACCGUCGUCGGUGACGGCGACUGCGGUAUUGGUCUGAAGAGAGGAGCUGAAGCAAUCCUCAAGCACAUCUCCCAGAACCCCCUAACAGGCGACGCCGUCGUCGACCUCGCCUCCGUGGUCCCCGUCGUCGAGAACACAAUGGACGGCACCUCGGGCGCCCUCUACGCAAUCUUCCUCAACGCCCUCACCGCCGCCCUCCGCAGCCUGUCCCCCGGGUCCGCCGACGCAAAGACCUGGGCCGCGGCCCUGAAGCAGAGCAGCGACGCCAUGUCGCGGUACACGCCCGCACGACCCGGCGACCGCACCCUCGUCGACGCGCUGUACCCCUUUGUCGAGGUCCUCGGCGAGUCGGGCGACGUCAAGAAGGCGGCCGAGGCGGCGCGCGCGGGCGCGGAGACGACAAAGGGCAUGAAGGCCAGCCUGGGGCGGACGGUGUACGUCGGCGGCUCCGGGUUCGAGCAGGUGCCCGACCCCGGCGCGUGGGGGUUGAGCUGCUUCUUUAGCGGGUUGGCGGGCCUUGAGGGCGAGGAUGGGUGGGAGAAGCUGUAG